UCGAGUGGCGAUUGGCAAACCGUGAUCCUAAAUGGCUGGGGUUCAACGUUCAUAAUUAAAACAUUAACGACGAGAUCGCAUGAUAAUUAUACGUUGCAUUUGUUUAAUAAGACACCCGUAGGUCUCACUACAGUACUUGUCAACAACUCAUAUGUAAUGUUUGGGCGAGAAUAAGAACCACGCAAUACAUUCGUUCCCGUAACCCGCUGAACCGUUAAUUCGAUUUUCGAGGUUAACCGUAAUUACUUUACCCACCUAUUCAAUAAGAAUCAAUCGAUCCGCCGCCGACGUUUGGACUAUUAAUUGUGUAAUAAAAACGUUGUCAAAACCAUAUUUGUUUCAUUGAAUUCAAUUGACUGCGCCCGAAGUUCUAUAAAAAAAAAAAACAAAAAACCGUGCACAUCGAUAUCCUCUUGUUCGCACCCGAGUACAGGACAUCUGAUCUAGUGUCGUUCUGGGUACCGUCGCGUUUAUUACACACCGGCCGUAUUAACCGUUCCAGUAAUAUUCGCAAAACAUUUUGUGUUUAAUUUUUUUGCCUGCGUAGUGACAGCACGAUGCCUGAUGAAGAACGUCACCAUUGUUCUGCGGACAAAGGCGGCGAAUCCGCGACGCGCACAUGUGACGAACAGAAAAAUAUCCUCUCAAAGGUGAUAGACGAUUAUAAUCCUUGGGGAAAACCGGGUCACGGUGCUCCAAACGACGAUGGACUACGGAAGAGAAAAAUAUUUACAGAGCCUCCGACUUCUCCAUGGAAGGAAGUUAGUAAUGAAGUGACGAAAAUGGGACGACCGGGAGGCGGUGCGCCUUUGAAGACAUCGUCUGGAAAAAUCAAAAACUUUCGGAUUGAAGAUCCUCAGCUAAGGUUUCAAUUUCACGCUCCUGAUAGGAACAUUGUUGACAAUGAUUUAAGAUACAGAAUUCCACUGAAAGAUCAAAGAAUGUAUAAAAUGGAAUUGGACGAAAUGGUGAAGGAAAAACAAGAAAUAAUCGAGGAGAAUCGCAAAAAAGAAAUGAUUCGAGACCAGCAAUUGAAUUUGAUCGGAGAUCCCUGGGGUACUCCAUGCCCAGGGGGUGUUAUUUGGAGAGAUCCAAAAAGUAUUGGAAAAAACUUCUUUCGCUCGUUGGGAUACGUGGAUGGCAGUAUAUUAAAAUUGGGAUCACAUCCAAAUGACAAUAAAGAAAGCACUGAAGACAUUGAAGCAGUGACUGGUGGUGUAGAAUUAGCUCCGUUACUUGCCGCAAGGAGAAGACAAAACUCGAAAUGGCCUUUGCACACAAGCGACGUCACAAAAAUAUACGACCCUAAAUCUAAUUUUUGGAUCGAUGAAAGAGAAUACCACAAGUUUCUUGAGAAGCAAAUAAGUGGACGUGAGAAACGUAAGCAACAUGAGCACGAAGAAGAAAUUCAAGAAGGACAAAAACAUUACGAACAUUGGAAUGAGUUUUGGGGUAAACCUGGUGGUGGAGCACCGAAAGGGACAAUGAGACAGAAAGAAAAUCUCGAGUACAUUCUUUAUCAGUUGCCGGUCAUCAACAGGUUAAAAGAAAAAGAGGAGAGAACCAACUGCAGCGAUUGUAAAAAAUCGCCAGAAAAAUAACGCAAUUCUUUAUAAUUUAUCUCGUUAUUGAGUUGCAAAUAGUUUACUAACAUUUUAUGUAACGUAAAAUUAAAUAAUUUUUAGAUGGUCGAGUAAUCAUAUUUGGAAAUCCAAUUUUUCAUUACAUAAAAAAUAAAUUUUAGGGCACAUACUGAUUCGGUUACGAUUCAUAGCUAUCAAAUGUAUACAAUUAUAAAUUAAUCACUAAAUAGUGUUAAAAAUCAAAUUAGGAAUCAAUUAUUUAUGAUU